AUGGACCAUCGAAACGUUGUCAAGACAUUGCCCGUAGACAUUCUAGAACUGGCCAACGACCUUAGAGCCAAGCUCGCGCUGGCCCAUCACGUGACCGACAUUGACAACAUCACCAGCAGAUGUCAGCAGCUUGGGAUUCUCUACCCAGGUGAGUGUAAUGCCACGGUCUCAGGUGAGCGGUGCCUUCACGCCGCCAUACCUGAUGAUGUCAUCACCAGGGUGGAGCACCUGGUCUUGAACAAACGCCUGCAGGUGCCGGAGACCUACCUGCGUGCUAUUCAAAAUUUAACGGAUCAGCUGGAUCGGGAUUAUGAUGUGAUUAUAAUUGGAGCUACUUCAUCCAAUCAUUUUCAAGAAUUUCAGGCUGGGCAUAGUGCUGCCCAUACUAUCUCUUUAUAUGCCCAGUUCACCGGACGUCCACUUGGUAAUAUUCGAUAUAGGGUUGAAAGAAGAGGAAAGGAAGCUUCUCGAAAAACAUUAUGUACAGUGAUAAAAUUGAAUUUCGACGAGUUCCCUCCACAUUUUACCACUUUUAAAUGCUUUGGCUGGAAGCCUGUUAUUAUUAAAGCGGUUUUUGCGAGGGCUGAUAUUGUCAUAUGGGCCGACGCUUCCGUGAGAUUCACAGUACCUGAAGUACUAUCUGACAUGAUUGCUAAAGCCAAACUCCAGGGAGUGGUACAGCGACGUCCAAAGUUUAACAUCAGCAACCCUUACUUUACGAUCCCGCAGAUGUUUGAGUAUUUCGGCGAUUCCCCAUGUGCCCAUCUUCCAUUCGAUCAAGUUGAAAGUGGCUUUGGAAUAUACCACAGGGAGCCGUUGAUUGAAAAAGCCCUCAUUGACCCGUGGGUCGCAUGUGCCCUCAGACCAGAAUGCACCUGCCCAGAACAACAAAGGGCCCUACAGAAAUGCCCACAACAGUGGGACCCACUCAAGUUUGGCCACUGCAUGAGAAAUGACCAGUCCUCCUUGACCAUAAUCCUGGCCAAGUUGUUCAGGGAGAAAUUGUUUCACUUUGUUAUCCAUACAGACGGGUUGGUGAACAUUAGGAGGGGAGAUCAUCUGGAUUACUUCAAGAUGCUGGACAGGGAAAUGCAAGCUAGAACAAAUAGAAGCAAUCUUUAG